UUGGAAUGGGCUCAUCCUGCAAGCCUAACCCAUUUCCUUCCAAGCUUUCUAUUGGAUAUGUGCUCACCUAGUCCUAUGGCCCAAUUUCAUGCAUCCCAACCUCUUCUCUAGCCCCCACAUCACUUGCCUCUAGAAACUCAUCAACACUAUCUGCUACUACUUUUACUGAUUCUUUCUCUCUCAGCUAAUUAUAAGAAAGCUUGUCAACCAUUUUGUAAGCUCUCACAUCACAUCUAUCUCCUUCAAAUUCAAAUUCUGCCUUAUACAGUGGGAUGGCGAUCAACCGUUUAUCCAUCUUACUGAGUUCCAAUUUGUCUGCAUCUCUUUUUACUUCAUUGUCGAUUUGUUCCAAGUCAUCGUGUCAACCAUCUCCUUUAGGUUACUCCUCAUAUUCAUUGCUAUUUGACCAGCAUUCUUUAUAAUCUAACUCACAAUUGAAGCUCGACAUGAAAUCAUAUCUCAUUGAGAACAAUUUGUAUCUUCAUUUUAAAAAAGAUGGAGAGAACGAGGUUUAGAGCGAGAGGAGCAGUGACAGGGGAAACUAGCGGCACCAGACAACGGCAAAGGCACAGGCGUUGGAUUCCAGGAUUGGAUCACAAGAUUUCGGGGCAAGCUACGACUUUCUUCAUUUAUAAUUUCCCAGAAAACGUGGAGGUGAAAGAACUAUGGUACAGGUUUCAGAUGUAUGGAAAAGUGAUAGAUGUUUUUGUGCCAAAGAAGCGCGACAAGUGGGGGAAGAGGUUUGGCUUUCUACAUCUACUGGGAGUACAAAAUGUAAGUCAAAUGGUUAGGAGGCUGAAUGAAAUCUGGAUAGACUCAUACAAGUUGAGAGUAAAGACAACAGAGGAUAGAAGUAAAGAGAGAGUAAAAGGCACAGUUACAAGGGGUAGAACACAGCACAGAGUUAACAGAUUGGUAAAACCAGGACAGUCAUAUGCUCAGGUGGUAAAGGGGAAGGAACAGAGGACACAAAGCUUAUCGGCUUCUGUAGAAACACUGGGAGGAGAGGACAGGGUUUCAACUCAUCUGAAGAAAGGAACAAUCCAGACGAGGCAACAAAACGAGAAGGAGGAAGUGGAAUCCUGUCAAAUACUAAAGCCCAAAAGAAGUAGGGAGAAGGAUAGGGAUGCUGAAUCUCAGGAGGAAUGUAUGGAAUUCACACCAACACAGGAAGAGCUAAAAUGGCUUGAAGGGGGUAUGGUGGCCAUUCUGAAAUCCCUAUCAUUAAUAAACGAUAUUCAACGAAGAAUUGAUGUGGAUGGGGGGUUGAUUACUGUAUCACCAAUAGGUGAAAGAAGAGUGCUGCUAACGGAAAAAGAAACAGGGUAUUUGAUUGAGUUUAUGAAUCUCAACAAAGAGUUGUUUGAUUUGUGGUUUGAAGACAUUAAACCAUGGGACAAGGAAGUUCAGGAACGAAGCAGAUUAGUAUGGCUUCGUAUAGCUGGAAUUCCAUUAAAGGCAUGGAUUGACAGAUGCUUUAAAAUGAUCGGAGAAUCCAUGGGCGAGGUUGUGAUGAUACAUGGUGACACAAAGAUGAAGUCAAUCUUGUGUGAGGGGAGAAUAUUAGUUAUAAGUUCUGCAGAGCAUAAGAUCGUUAAACAAGUCUCACUGAAGGUGGAAGAACAGAUGUAUGAAAUACAAGUGAUUGAGGAAGAAUGGCGCUUCGACCCAGACUGGUGGCUCUCAGAUGAUGACCGGCAAAGUGAGUCGGCAACGGAAUCGGAAUUCUCAUCCGAACAAAAUGAGGAAGAUCAAGAUUUCGGUAAUGCAGAGAUUUGUUCAGAAGAUGACGUGAGCAUGGAUGAGGAGCAUUUAAUGCAUGACAGUCUUCUGAAUUCAAAUUUUAAAAGUUCAGAGGAAGGAAAGACAAGCUGGCAUGCAGAAGAAGGGGACGCAUACAUAGAAGAUGGUGCGAGUGGGCCGUCCAAGACAAAUGGGCCGCUGGAGGGUAAGGAAAUUGGACUAAGGAGUAAGAGUGGGCUUAGAGGGGACUUUAGACAAGAAGAGAUAAAGAGAAGUAAAACGAGAGGGCCCAAGGAGGUUUUUGAAAGAGGGUCAGCCACCGACCGAGAGACUGCAAUUAGGGAUUCGAGGAGGACGCGGAGAAGAAAAAUAGAAGACUGCUACCCAGAGAGCUUUGUGGAGAUCCAGGCAAAAGAGACACACGAGGAAAUUUCAAAAACAAAGCUGAGACAGCAACAAAGAGCUGGAACUCAAUUGAGUACAGUGAGCAAGGUAAAUCCGGUUGUUAGUGAUUCCCUUUCUGAUGGGUGUAUAGUAAAUAGAAAUAGGUUGAUUCAUAGUGAGAUGGCCUUGCAUGAGGUGAGGACGAUGAUGAGCAUGGGUAAGAGAUUGGGCAUUCAAAUUCAAAAUAAUGAGGAGGAAGUGCAAUCCCGAUUGAUGGAAUUGGAGAUGAGGGAGGCUGCAGGGGAAGGCUUGGGUAGUGUAUUGAAGAGAAAGGAAGUGGGUAAACUAGUGAGAAUAGAACAACCAGAUUUCCUAUUUUUGCAAGAAACUAAGCUAGAAACAGGGGAUGAUGAUUUAUGCAGAACGAUGUGGAAUUCAAAUGAGAUUGACUGGGUGAUGAAGGAGUCGAUAGGAGCUUCGGGUGGCUUGUUAUGUAUCUGGAAUAAGAAGAAUUUUGAUAAGACAAAAGAUUUUACGGGUGAUGGUUAUUUGAGAAUAACAGGGGAGUGGGGACUAAAUAAGGUGAAAUGUAAUCUAGUGAAUGUGUAUGGCCCAAAUGAUAGACAGAAAAGGUUAAAGCUGUGGGAUGAGUUAGAGCACAUGAUCAUUGAAGAGGGAGGGAGAUGGUUGCUAGCGGGAGACUUUAAUGCCGUUAGAUGUCUUGAAGAAAGAAAGGGAAAAACUGGAGAGAGCCUAGAUAUGAAGAAAUUUGAUGAAUUUAUCCUGGCAGCAGGUUUAGUUGAUAUUAAAAUGGUGAAUAAGCACUUUACAUGGUACAGGCCAGAUGGUACAGCCAUGAGCAGACUUGAUAGAUUCUUGAUGAAUGCAGAGAUGUGCAGUAUGGGCGGAAAUUGGGUGCAACAGGGCUUGAAACGUAAUAUCUCUGAUCAUUGUGCAAUCGUAUUGAAUUCAAGAACAACUGAUUGGGGACCAAAGCCAUUUCGAGUUCUGGAUGCAUGGCAGCUUCAUCCAGAUUUCAAGAAGGUAAUUGAAGAAAAGUGGAGUGAAAUGGAAGUUGAUGGAUUCGCAGGAUAUAAAUGUAAACAGAAGUUAAAAGAGCUAAAAGCAUUUUUAAAGGGUUGGAAUAAGGAGGUGUUUGGAAAUAUGGAAGCUCAGUAUGAACAAGCUACCAAACAGAUAGAGCAAAUUGAUAUGAAGAAUGAGGAGAUUGAUCUGGACAAAUUCGAGAUUAUUCAAAGACAGGAAGGUUUUCAGAAAAUGUGGGAUAUCAUGAAGAGGAGAGAAGUGAUAUGGAAACAGAAAUCAAGAAGCAACUGGGUUAAGAAGGAGGUGUACAAUUAUUUCAGCAAGCUAUUCCAAGGAGACACAUGGAAUAGACCAAAGCCUUGCGGGGUUAGCUUCAAACAGAUUUCUGCAGAGGAAAAACAAUGGCUUGAACGACCAUUCUCCAUCGAAGAAAUUGAGGAAAGGUUACGAAGCUGUGAAGGAUCUAAAGCUCCAGGACCGGGCGGGUACAAUUUUAAUUUUCUUAAGUUUGCUUGGGAUAGUUUAAAGGAAGAUUUUAUGAGUUUCUUUGCAGAGUUUCACAAGAAUGGUAGAUUAGUUAGUGGGCUGAAUUCAUCUUUCUUAGCUCUAAUUCCUAAGAAGUUCAAUUCUAUGGAAUUAAAGGAUUAUAGACCCAUUAGCUUGAUUGGGUGUGUUUACAAACUGUUAACAAAAGUGCUGACCAAUAGAAUUAAAGCCGUGAUGCCGAGGAUCAUCAGUGAAACGCAAUCUGCUUUCUUGAGAGGACGUCAAUUAGUUGAUGGAGUGUUAGUGUUGAAUGAGGUCGUGGAGGAAGUUAAGAGAAGGAAGCAGUCGGCUUUUGUUUUCAAGGCUGAUUUCGCAAAGGCAUAUGAUUGUGUGGAUUGGUCAUUCUUGGAAUGGAUGAUGGAUCGCUUGGGUUUUGGAAUCAAAUGGAGAGGUUGGAUUAUGGAAUGCUUGUCGACUUCUAAGAUUUCGGUUCUAGUUAAUGGAAGCCCAAUGGAGGAGUUCAAGAAAGCAGUGUCGGAGGGUAUGUUUCAAGGUAUAGAGAUUGGCAGGCAGGGGUUAGCAGUUUCUCUACUUCAAUUCGCGGAUGACACAGUCAUUAUAGGAAAGGCUGACAUAGAGAAUAUAACCUUGGUUAAAACAAUUCUGCGAUGGUUUGAACUGAUGUCUGGGCUACAGAUUAAUUUCAACAAGAGCAACAUUUAUGGAUAUAAUGUUCCAACGAGAUGGAUAGAAGGAUCAGCAAGUAUGUUGCGAUGUGGAGUCGGAAAAUCACCUAUUAUUUAUCUGGGAAUGCUUGUGGAUGGAAAUCCAGGGAAUAGGAAACUAUGGGAACCGGUGAUAAAAAAAUUUCGUGCUAAACUUGUUGUCUGGAAAGUUGCUUCGCUGUCCUUCGGUGGCCACCUCACUUUGCUUAACUCGGAUAACCCUGUAGCGUGUGCUCUGUCAAUGAGAAGCUACAAACAAGCAAUGAAAUUGUUCCAUAAACAACAAAAAGAAGGUUACACUGCAGAUCGGAGUGCAAGCUGAAAUUUGUUUGAGGCAUAAAGGCUUCAUUGAGCAGGUAUUUCACUGUAGCGUGUUAGGUAAGCUGUUGAAAAUACAUGCUCAACAAUUCU